UGCAUAUUCUCCGCGACGCUAUAGUCUACAGUAAACACGGGUAGACUGCAUGACUUCAUAUUGGCCGGAAAUGAAACAUUAUGAUGACACUUUGAGGACGUUUGCUUCCAUAUUGCACAUUUAUUAAGGAGAUAAUAAGAAAAGGACACGUCGGAUUCAGCCACCCGGCGGGAUCCGGGACGGGUUUCUUUCAGUGUCCAGUUGAGGAUGUUAACUUCCAGCACUGCAUCAGAGUGACUUAUUCUCUCCCGAAAGUUGUAAAGUGAGAAAGGACGUUAUAGAUAGACUACCCAAGAAGGAAGAAAAAAAAUUACGUUUUUAUUGCACUCCGUCUCUCCCGUUGACUUAACCGAACCAUGCAGCAUCCCUUGGAUUUGGGGGCUCACUACUAUCUACCGGAGGGUUAUACCGACCCCCGCUCCCACUCACACCGCUACCGGAGCUUCAUGAUGGAGGAGAUUCUGACCGACCACCAUAAGGUGUCCACCCCGGCAGGGGAGCUGCUCAAGUUCGGAGUACAAGCUCUGUUGUCGGCACGACCAUACCACAGCCACCUGGUUUUGAAGGCCGACCGGUCGGGGAUCCUGAAAUUCCCCAUGUCGCCACUCUCUUGUUCACUUGGAUCACAGUUAGGCUCUGCUCUCCUAUCCGGGGCUCCAGGCCUGCACAGCGGCUCAGCCUCCCACCACCUCCCGCUGGACCUCCACCUCCGAAGCAAGCUGGAGCACAUCGGCGACGGCAGCAGCAAGACCAAAAAGGGCCGACGGAGCAGGACGGUCUUCACCGAGCUACAGCUCAUGGGCCUGGAGAAGAGAUUUGAGAAACAAAAGUACCUUUCAACACCAGACAGAAUAGAUCUGGCUGAGUGUCUGGACCUGAGUCAACUACAAGUCAAGACCUGGUACCAGAACAGGAGAAUGAAAUGGAAGAAAAUAGUCCUACAAGGAGGAGGAUUGGAGUCUCCGACCAAACCAAAAGGCCGCCCCAAGAAGAAUUCCAUCCCGUCGAGCGACCAGCUUUCGGAGCAGGAGAGGACUCGAGACGUCGACCGUCAGUCGGACGGUUCCACCUCGUCACAUUCAGACACUAACCAAGAGGAAUAAUACCGAGGAUCCGACUAACUGACAACUAACUAUCUGACGAUGUUCUCUUGGCAUACAGCCUCUGGGAUGCGUAAUGUUGCAUGGUCGACCGUUGGAUCCAAGUGCCUUGACGUCGAUAUGUUGGAACUUAGAGAGCGACUGAUGUUCGCCUCCGGUACGAGAGGCGGAACCGAAUUUUUUAAAUUUUACUACUAAUCUCGCUCAUGCUGGGACGAUGUUAAUUUUUGUAUGCUAUAUUACAUCUUCUUUCAUCAUCAAUAUGUUCUCAAUACCUACUAUGUGCGUCCCUCCGCGUCACGACGAGCUGUUGUUACGGCCGUGGAUCGGUAGAGGAGAGGAGGAGGAGAGGAGGAGGAGAGGAGAGGAGAGGAGAGGAGAGGAGAGGGGAGAGGAGAGGAGAGGAGAGGAGAGGAGAGGAGAGGAGGGGAGAGGAGAGGAGAGGAGAGGAGGAGAGGAGAGGAGGAGGAGAGCAGAGGGGACAGAGAAACACCGACCAGUAGGUACCGCUUCAUUGUCUCCAUUCGAAGGAUCCACUUUACACUGUUCUGUUCUGCCUUUGUUUGUUUUGCAUAUUUACAUGUUUUAUUCGGUUUUUAUUAUAAAGACAUUUUUGGAUGUAAUUAAAUAUUUUUUCACUUACACUUAAA